GGAGACAACACAAUAUGAAACGCGAGCAGCGCGUCCGACACCGCGUCUUCGGCCCCGUCUUCAGGGACUUCGGAUACUCUAUUCUUUUUUAGUUCUAGCGAGGAACACUGAGCCGUCCUAAAAUUGUGGAAAACUACACGCCAUGGCAUAAUGGAGUCGCCUCACAAUGGAUAUCUCAACUGGCUUCAUCCUGGCGCGUGUUUGUCCACUCUGUGAAAAUCCUCAAUUUUCAGGGAAACCAUUCUGAUUGAACCCUAGUUAUUCUCGACCAGCGGAAGCAGCAACACGCGGUAAUAGAGCAGGUCUCGGCUUAGUUCAGCACAGCGCCUUUCCAAUGAAGAAACCGAGCGGAGGAUCACGGGACAGCUCUGAAUAAUAGAUGCCCCAGGCAAGAGUUUUCCAUCAUCCUCCCAAGAUAAGGUAUUUUUGCCUUUGAGACACCAGUUCUCGGAACUUGAAGUCCCAAUGAGUGCCGUUUACAGACCAUCCCACACAAUCGCCACAAAUCCCAUUCUUGACUGCAAGAACACCAUCGAUAUCACGCCUCAAGCCUCUGUUGUCGUCCGAUUCACCUGCGGAAUCUCCAAUAGCUCAUCAGCCAAGAGAUGCUUCUCUUGAUCAUGCACUGAGACUUCGAUGCUUCCGUCACUGUGGGUGGCUGGGGAAGACGGCUGCGACUCAGCUCCCACACGCUCCUACUGCACGCCCUCUACAACCCUAAUUCUAACCACUAGGCUCAUACACCUGAUAUCAUGGAUCCACUGUGCUUCGCGGUCGCAUAAUGGGCCGCUCGUGGUGCUUCUCUUUUGAGCACUUUGUUUUGUCGGUGUGUUACGCGUGCGCGUCCUCUCCCUAGCCGACCAGGAAAAUGUUAGGCACCUUGCUUUCCCAUACCCUGCUGACUUGCUCUUUGACAGAUACCAGAUGGUCUAGCGUCAUGGCUUCGACUGAUCUUUGGCCCAAACACCUCGUGCUUGGUGUGCACCUGGGCCCAUGCUUCAAAUCCGAGGACCCUUCUCACGUAACGGAAAAUGUCAUAUCACACACUGGACCCUAAAACGAAAGACUGUCCAUCUGGAAUGCUUCCCGAAUCUCGAUGAAUGCAUUGUGAACACAGGCUUGUGUUUUACGCUGAUGAAAAAGGCAUAGAAAUGUCAUUUCAAGUCCCAUCUGCUUGUCCAAGCAUAGUCUUAUCGCUUGGUGAUCAAGUGUACGAGCAUUUUUGCUGCUACGAUGGAUUUCCGGAUCUUGUUCCGGGAGGGUCAAGUUGGGUAAACGGCCAGCGCUAUUCAAAACUGCCCAAUCUGUCACGACACCCAAUCAUUUAAAUAGGGCGAGCGGUUUUGGUGCUUCAUUCGCCCAGAAGGCAGACCUGCUCGGCCUGCUCCAUUCCUAAACUGCUUGUCCAGGCAAUCAGGCUUCCGCUUCGUGCAUGCAGUUUAGCCAGUUCUGGUCAUCAAUAACCCAAGUGGGCUAUGCAGCGUAUCCUUGACAAUUCAGAACUUUGAACGCCAUGCAUGGCUACCGAGACGUACGCUUUGGUCAUAUCGAGAGCCUCAUCACCUUUCGAGACAAACGGGUUCAAUGAGACAGGGCCUGCUACGACUCUGAAUGGCCUCCUCAUCGCCGCAUCAGCGGCAUUACUCACCAAUGCCGAUGUGAAUCCGAUAUGAAGGCCGCCCAAAGUCGUUGCCCAACUGCCUCAGCAUAUCCCAUUGGUGAGCAAAGGGAUACCGCCAUUAUGACUCGAAGAGAGGCUGCGAUUAUCGGACACUCACUCUAGCCCCCACGACAACGCAGAACCUCUCUAAUUCAGUCAUUUCGGUUUCAGAUGCACAUGCUUUUCGGUUCCCCUGAUCUAACGCAAUAUUGAUUCCAGUACUGGAUCAUAUUCAUUCUAUAUCCGGCAUGAAAGACAACCGGGAGAUCUCCUGGGUAUUAUUCGUGACGCAGCCUUCCAUAUGACAUUCUUCCUAGAACAGGAACAACAACGCAGGUCUUGCUAGUACUAGACUCCAAUCUUUGAUAUCGCGUUGUCCUUUGUGUCUCCCUCCGUUCCACCUUCACAUAUCAUCAUCCAGGACUCAUUCUGACCGAGUGUGGCCCGAUUGCGCUGAUAACUUUACUACGGCCUAGAGUCAUUUUGCGCACUCAAAGAAUCAUAUAUGGAUUGACUACUGGUAUUCCACCAGCACGCAGCAGAAGAGCUUGGAACACUAACUGGUUACCUCUCUUUCAUUUAUCAAGUGGCGUAGGGUAUCUCCCGAACAUGCGGUCUGGAUCCCUGUCCGAGUUUGGGCCCACGUUCAUCGUAUGCGAAGAGAUUUCCAGCAUAACGAUCCACCGUUCUGGAUUUUGCUGUGUCUGAGCAAGGAUUUCAGGCUCUUGACAGCAUCAGCCUCGGCAAGUAUCAUGUCAUAUCACGAGGCUGCGGCUGGCAAUCCCGGAGACAGAGGUGCCCUGUGUCUAUAACCCCCGCGCCUUAGUAUUCGAUUUCUGAAACACUCACGGACAUCAACAUGAUGAAAUUGUCCACGCCACAAUCUCACCCAAGGGAUUAAAAGUUGGCACAUGCGGCAUCCCAGGAUAAAGAUUCGCCGACAAUACAACUUGGUAACCCAGAAAUGUUAACGUGGGACAGGUAUGUCGCAGCCGACAAGCUGCGAUGACGCUCACAACAUCUUGGAACAAGGAAAUCUCACGUUGCCUUCUGGGGGACGAAACAGACCGAAUUGUCUUUAUAUGGACUAGUAUUGUUUUGCAAGUGCAAUUUGGACCCCAAUCAAGUGUAUUUUGCGAAGCUGGGGUAUCCUUUGCAUAUCAACAUACCGAAUACUUUGAAGUGAAGGCAUUGAUAGCAACUGGUCUCCAAGCUAUCUAUGGAACCUUACUUCUCAAACACCGCAGUAUGCAUUAGUCAAACAUGGGAGCCAAGUUCGUAAAACUGCGACCCAUGAUAUCAUCCACUUGUUGUUUUAGAUAAAGUCACACAUCUUGUAUAGCGAUUGUCGACUACUUUUAACGUCUGACACUGGGGUCGGCCAGUAGAUCACCAUCGCUAUUAGGAGUUAUUCAAGUAUCUUCAAGAGUACUUGAUAGCUGUGCCUUCUGGGCAUCAUGGUCAUCACGUCGGACAUUCUGCCUGGUCAACUAACGAAGAUGUGAUACCUGGAACAUCGUCAGGCGCACGAGGACAAAGAAAUACCAGGACUUGAGCGUAAGUGUACUUGACCUUGGCUCCAGGUACGACGACGAUGAUCCGCAAUGGGAUAAUCGUUUCUUCUUCCUAUGUAGAGAAGGUCCAACGGUGAAUAUGGCAGAGAGAAACCUUGUGCCCUUUGCCGCAUCUGGGACACGACCCUGACAGCUGAGAAAGGACCUGUUAGCCACUUGAUCUCACGAGCGGAUGUGUUUCUGAAACAAGUGGCUUAGACAAAAUGCUGGGCCUACAAGGUUUUGACAGAAGGAAGCGGGGGGUACCCGGGCAGCUGGGCCAUGACGGGUUGAAACGGAUGACAGUCCCAAUAUCCAACAGCUCUCUACGACAGUAUCUUUCCUUAUGACCAUGCAUGCAGUCUGGAAUACGCGGUUACGGAAAUCAAUGGACAACACCGGAGUAUCCGGGCAAAAGGGACAUCGGUUCCAGAAUGCAUAAACGGAUUGCGCCACCAGGACCUCAAAUACACUGAUAGCCUUCGCAAUGCUCCGUGUUUAACAUAACUGGCGGGUAAUGCACCUCGAUCUUCUUUUUCAUACGAACCUGGUGGUACAUAUGGCUAAUAGGAGUUGGCGGAGAUGCAUUCAGGCCGGCGGUAUCGAGAACUUCUGGUGUAGAUAUCCCAUGCACAAACACAGCACCACGCCGCCAUCAUGAACCGGAAUUACAUCGAUAGUUCAGUCCUUAGCUGAAUCUGUCUGAUGUUAGGUUCUGGCGAGUUCAUUGUGAAAGCAGCCUGACCGUACCUAACAGAUGGGCUCGCGGUGUCAUUGUGUCGUGAACGUCGUUACACUGGUAACUGGUGCCUUGAACACACAUCACCCUUGUUGGUGGCUUUUCAAAUUAUCGUCAGCCAAAUUAUCUGCGGGCAUUCUGCGCCAUGUUAUCAGUUUUGUUCCCACGAAUCGCUUUUGAUACCACGGGGCCUUGUGCUUCGUCAUUGGCGAUAGGUCCUGAUCUUACACUAUUGAGAAUGGGUUUAUGUAUCUCUGCCUGUCAAGAAAAUGGCUCCCAGUUCAUAUAUGUACCCCUAUCAUCAGAUCUCUGUGCCUUGGUCUCCCAAGGACCUCCAGAGUCUGGGACGGUCUGCGUCACUCGAAAUCGUCGCCCCUUGUGGGCACCCAUAUCAGCUCUGUUCACCAGUCACACAACAAGAGAUCUCGUAAUUGAUUAGCAAAUCCGCUUCGGUAGAUGCUCCUAUCACAAGGGCAACAAUAGCACAAUGUGUGUCAUGGUUCAGAUGCUGAUGCUCGCACACACUUCGCCCAGUGUAUCGCCGUUGCGUGCAAACUCCUCUGUUGUGGUCUCGGAGAAUGCAAAUAUAAUACGAGAUGGGGAUGCAUUUGCUCAACACACUAAGUCGUAUGCAUUUGCGCCCAUUCUUGUUUUCAAGACUGUAUCCGAAGCAGUGAGAUAGAAAAGCCUAUUAGCAGCUGCUUAGCCUGUUUUUUUUUUUAGAACAAGAAUGAGACUCGACAUUCAGUCGAACAUCUUUCGACAUGAAGUUGACGAACUUCCCUACACUCAUUCCUGCCUUCACAGCUCAAAUCGCCAUAAAUGAUCCUCUUGUCAUCACCUCUAACCUCCUCAACAUCCCCUUUCUCCCCAAGGCGGGUACUCUCCUCUCUGAGCCGGGAUAUGAGCCUCCUCUAGAGGCGACGUUCAUCCAUGGCAGCGACUUCAUUCGGCGUGAUCCUGAUGGUCAAUGGGUCAAGCUUGAAGUAACAAGUGUUGCGCGUGAUACUUCUGGCUCCCUGUUGCGUUUUAGCUACAAUGGUGUCGUCAACAUGGCGGGGGAUGAGGGGAAAGUGAUUCGAGGAGAUACGAAUGCCACGACGACUGGCUUUGGAAAUGCAUUUGUGCAGAUUAGGUUCGAGACUGACGCUCCUGGGUUGAAACUUCUGCAGGACAAGUUGUAUGUUGGCUCGGGCAGAUUCGUUAUCGAGGAAGAUCGACCAGUCAUUGUGGAAUACAAAAUCAGCGAGGUAAGCGCGCAGUGCAACAAGGGAUCGAAGAAUGACUGAAAGGCAUGACGGGACGAGAUAUCGAUUAGCCCGGGUAUGGAUUGAGUAAUCUGAGAGCAGGAAUCUAUCGUUUGACAAGAUGGGUCACGUUCGUGAUUUUCUACACUACGUUGCUUCAGUUUUCGAGAUCUAUUUGUGUUUGGGGACCUAGAAACAAGCCUCACAUCGAUACGUCAAAGUUCCUAGUUCGUAUGUCUACCACCAGUCGUGUGUCCCCUUCAUAGUCAAGCCCCCCUCGAAGCACUAAGUCGUGGCCCCCGAACUCCAGUCUGCAGCUCUUUUGCUACUGCAAGAAUAUGCUUUAUCAUGCGGUCCCAUUUAACCUGCCUGGUUUAUCAACCCUCCGACUCCAGGCUGGAUACAGGCCCUCCAGAUUGUGUACAUGGGAGUCGAUCCACAGGAUCGAUACCCCAACUUCUCCGCCUCUCGUGUUACGCUACACCGGUACUAGUCCAUGCUUAUUGGGGGACAUUGGAAAGCUGCAGAAGACGCUCGCCGGCGCGGAUGUUGGCAUACUCAUAUGCCUUGGACUCGGGAGGAAAAGUUCCGUUGGCGGCCCAAAGAUCGAUCAGAGGCUGCAUGGGCUCCAGCUCAGCGGGCUUGAGCAUAUCCAGAGCCGUAGCCGUCAGGACGAAGUGUGAGAAACAACUGUUGAGCUGCUUCUCCAGGUUGAGAUGGUAAAAUGGCUCGGUGAAAUGAGCCCAGUAGAGAUGAGCAUAGACUCGGAACAUUUGUCGGAAAAUCAUCUGGCAGAUAUCGACGAACUUAUCAGGGAAGCCUGAUCGCUUUCCGAUGUACUCGGGCUCGCCAGGGUUCGAGAGUUGGGACAAAGGUGUGGUGGUGAUGGAGGGGUUGUGGGCGUACGAGACACCAGAAGGGUCCGUUGGGAAGAUGUUGGUGUCGUCGAUUUUACCAGAAAUCCAUCGCUGCAUAAGAGUCAUGUACUCAUAGGCGGGAAGCUCAACAGGCUCCCUGUUACGGUUGAGCCAGGUAAAAGAGUGGUUACUAGCGAGCGUAAGUGAAUGUAUGGUCCGAUAAGAGUGUUGAUUACUCACGCUCCAGCAGACAUGCGAGGGCAGCUGGUAGAGUUGCAGAUGGAUGUACCAUCAUCCUCCUUUUCGUGGAGAACCCUAACAAAAUUCCACAGGUUGCGGUAAUGCUCAACAACUGAACGGCGUUAGCACCUGUAAGGACUCAUUGUGAUAUCAGAGUUUCAUUCUCACCCUGGUGUGCAAUCCACUCGCCUUGCUCGACCGUCUUGGGUCGGGCGCUCAGUGUCAUGAAAUUACCCUUUACUAUGUGCUUAGCAUAUUGGGCAUUGAGCCACAGAGGGAGAGGUCGAGGAAGAUGAUAGGAAGAAAUUAGUUCGUCGCCGCUCAUGACGCCGCUAGAGUCAUCCAUGCCAAUGGUCUGAGCGAGUGAAGGAGAGUUAGGCAGAGGGGGGACCUUGGGAGCUAAGCUAGCUGAGGAAGAUUGGCUCCCUUGAGUAGGCAGCUCUGGCGGUGGAGGCUGACUGGCAGUAGAACCAGUUGGGCUCUUUUGAGGGCCAGAAGAAGGCUUAGCUGAGCCACCUCGGAAUCGAGCGUUACUGGUGAUGUUAUGUUAGCAAGCGUAAUGAAAUGGAUGCUAUCGAAAUAGGACCAAGGUGAGGAAGGAACAAAAAAGUCACUUCAAGUCAG